GAAAUACGCUAUAUAUUCUAACGCGACGCCCAUUUUGCUUUCUAAGCUAUGAAUACGUUGUCGAUAACUAUCACAUAUAUUUAAUAUAGACUUGAGGUAAAAAACACAGACGUUUACCAUAAAGACUGUUCAGACAGAAUGGAUUUAGCAAAUGCCACAAAUAUAUCCAUAGUUGGAUUCGAUUUGGACUUUGUAGCAAAGAGGAACGAUUUGUUCGUAAAGGAAAAUAUUUUGGUGGUCAUUUUUAUGUUUUUCGUUAUGAUCAUCGGCUCGUUUGGGAAUCUCUUGGUGCUGAUUGUACAUCGCACAAAAUUUAUGAAACGCACGGGGACCUACUACAUGUACAUUCUUGCGGGUAUAGAUUUCGUAAGUUGUAUUGUAAUACAUCCUUAUGUAAUUCACAAACUAUUUUAUUUCUAUGGUCAAUCCGUCAAGAGAUGUAAGAUCAGUUAUUUUUUCACGCAUAUCAGUGUGGUUGUACAGGUGUUUCUACUAACGGCCAUUGCUAUUGAUCGUUUCUACACGAUGAACAAACCGUUAGAUUUCAAAAAGGCUUACAAAAGAAUGCGUGCCUUCGUUGGUACAUCUUUUGUCGGUGGUAUCAUUUUGAGUACCCCGAUUAUUGAGUUAUAUGGUAUCAAGACUGUGGAACUGAUGGAAGAGAACAAAAGAUAUGAUGGACAUACGUGCUAUUACAGCGACUUCUACGAGGGCACGAAAACGAAAAAGGUUUUCCAGUAUUUCCGAAUGAUGGUGUUUAUUGUAUGUGCCGUUGUUAUCGUUAUUAUGUACGUCAAGAUAGCUAGGACAUUGCGCAGAAUUAGACCUAUUGGAAUGGACAUAAUUUCGAAUCAUAAACGAGACAAUGCAAAACCUUCGAAACCACAUGUUUUGAAGCAAAUUGGCAUUUUUGGACAAAACGGUGAAAUGCAUUCGCAAAGUGAAUCGUCCAGACAGAGUUCGUCAGCAAGUAAAUAUAAAUAUCAAGCGCAAACAAUUGGUGAUCACCUCAGACCACCUGGUCCUAAUGAAAAACAGUUCGGUGACAAAUUAAAAGUUCCAGUUGAUAAGCCUCAAAAUGUAGUUGCUAAAGAUGCUGUGGUUGUUGCUACAACAUCAACCGCAAGGACGGAGCCAAAUUACCGUGGAAAACGAAGUCGAACUGUUGUCAAAAUUCUAUUUUUGGUGACAACUAUGUUCCUCGUAACAUGGCUUCCAUUCUGGGUUAUCAGAUUUACUUUACAUGGGGCGAAAGGUCUGGAACUUAAGAAACUCGAAAUUUUCUUUAAUCGAUUUGUUUAUCUAAAUAAUGCCAUUAAUCCAAUAUUGUAUUGUUUGGUUCACAAAGUAUUCAUCAAAGAUUGUAAAAAUUGGUUCAGAAGGAUGAGAAACAGAGUUUUUUGCACAUUUCCGACUCAUUGUUGUAUUGUGGAAAGAGCUUAACUUAAAAUACAGGGUGAGCCAAAAAAGGAACCUCAAACAAAUGUUAAUAACUUCGUCACUCGGCAUGGGUUUAGUGUCAUAUUUUUAUUCUACACAGUGUACUUGGUCUAUUUUAAAUGGUCGCAAUUCUAUGGCCACUUUAAAAAACACGAACAUGGUAUAAAAUAUGGGCGUCGCGUCUGGAGACGUGUACGUAUCGAACGAGUAGUUGAUCAAUACACGAGAAGAGGGGGGGGACCCCAGAGCUUUGACGAUGACUGAUAUAUAUUACGUCUCUUGCGUACCACCUUCGUUUGCUCAAAUCCUCACCAGUUAGUUUUCGAAUAUAACGCGUCGUCGUGAUGUUUUAAUCGAUGUAAGCAUAUUCCUUAAGUCAUUCUAUAUCUCGAUGUGAAAUAACAAUGAAGCUAUGAUAUUGGUUAACACGCCAGAAAUUAACAUAAUAUUAUUCGAAGCGUUAUUAGAAAACUUUGAAUCCGCCAUUUUUGUUUAUCGAUUUGGACCAAUCAGAGACGUACGUCAUCUCAAUACAGGUUUACAUUAUAUAAAUGCACGUCAUCUUUGAACUCUGGUAUUAACACCCCCGCCCCCCCCCCCCCGGUAGGGGUGUGGAAUGUUUUGGCCUUUGGAGCAUGUUUUGCAAAUGGCCAUCACUAGUGAUUGUCCGAUGAAACUUAGUGGUACGAAAGAACAUUGAAUAUAGUCUAAUCGUGACAAAUAUAAUCUUAAACCCAUGCUGGAUGACCGAUGACUGAACAUACAUUUGUUUGGGUUACCUUUUUGGCUCACCCUGAACAUUGUUCACAAUGCACUCUGCAGUAGAAUUCUUUAUCGGGUAUAAGAAUAUAUAUAGUGUGAUGUAUUUCAGUAUAAAUGUAGACGUUUGGCAUCAAGGAGGAUUGGCUCCCAGGAUCGAAACUCGAUUUUUUCCAACAAUGAAAACGUCGAAAUGUUAUUUUCUGAAACCGACUAUAAAUUCAAAACAAACAGUUCAAAAGAUUCGAUUCAGAAUUAACGUCAGGAAAUAUAACCAAAAUUCACGAUUCAAAUGUUGAAGUGAACAAAAUGGCGGUUUUUUGAAUUCGAAUUUUGUAUCACGACAUCCCCAUAUAUGGGACAGAAUACCGAUGUUGCAUUCUGGGAGCCAAUCCUCCUUGGGAGCCAAUCCUCCUUGACAUGUAAUUAUGUGGUUUAGAUCCAAAAUGCAUAAAUUUGUAUGUAUAUUAUAGGAAUAUCCUAUGGUUUUGAAAAAAUAUCAUUUAUAUCCAUGAGUGGAUAUUGAUAUCUUUACGAGUGAGCGCAGCGAAUGAGUGAAGAUAUUUAUAUCCAUGAGUGGAUAUAAUUGAUAUUUUUGAAAAACCAUAGGAUUGUCCGUUUAUCCCAUGGGAAAUCUUAACCCAGC